AUGGCAGCGGGGGCGGCGGCGGCCCGGCUGCGCCGCCGCUUCAGUGCAUUUGCAGGGGACAUACUGCGUGAGUAUCAGCUGGGCCGGCCACCCCAGGUUGUGCCAUUCGAGAUCGACGAGGCAGAGGCGCGGCGCAAGUUCCUGUCAUGGCAGAGCGGCGCGGUGCACGUGGCACCCAGUAGUCUGCUGCCUCCGGGAGGGCCAUGGCGCUUGCGCGCCACGCUGCUGCCCUUUUGGAUGUUUGACGUGCGGGCACGGGUGGAGUACAAUGGCACAGUGGGCAUGGCCAGCAAGUAA